CGCCGCCCCUGGCCCCGAGGGGGCGCUUGGCGGACCAGGCGGGUUCCAAAAUGGCGGUCACGAUGGCGGUCACGAUGGCGCCGCGGGGCGCCACGCCGCGGUAGGGGCCGCGGCAAGGGCCGCGGCGGGCCGGGCAGCAGAGCGGCGGGGCUGGCGGCAAAUGUGCAAUACCGAGAUGUCCUCCCUCACGGACGCCUCCGCUGUCACCGCUUCGGAACGAGAGGCGCUGGUAAGACCAAAGCCCCUGUUAUUGAGGUUGUUAAAGUUAGCUGGUGCAGAAAAGGACACAUUUACUAUGAAGGAGGUAAUAUUCUAUCUUGGACAAUAUAUUAUGUCUAAACAGUUAUAUGAUGAAAAACAGCAACAUAUUGUACACUGUGCAAAUGAUCUCCUGGGGGAUUUAUUUGGAGUAACAAGCUUUUCAGUAAAAGAACACAGGAGACUAUAUUCAAUGAUUUCCAGGAAUCUGAUAGCGGUCAGUCAACAAGACUCUAGGCAUGCUGACACACCAGAGGAUGAUGCCAGAUUUCAGCUUGAAGAAGAAAAUAGUCUAAAGGAAUCUAUACAGGAGUUAGAAGAGAAGCAGACUUCAUCAAAUGUGACUUCUCGGCCAACUACAUCUUCUAGGAGAAGAACACACAGUGAGUCUGAAGAAAAUUCUUCAGAUGAUCUGCAUAGCGACAGAAGAAAACGCCACAAGUCAGACAGCAUUUCGUUGACGUUUGAUGAAAGCCUCUCAUGGUGUGUAGUCAGUGGUCUGUGCCGUGAAAGAAGCAAUAGCAGUGAUUCAACAGAUUCUCUUUCCAUUCCUGAUCUUGAUGCUAGUUCAUUAAGUGAAAACUCUGAUUGGUUUGACCACAGUUCUGUUUCUGACCAGUUCAGUGUAGAGUUUGAAGUUGAGUCUAUUUAUUCAGAAGAUUACAACCAUAAUGAAGAAGGACAGGAGCUCACAGAUGAAGAUGAUGAGGUAUAUCAGCUGACUAUUUACCAGGAUGAAGACAGUGAUGCUGAUUCAUUUGAUGAAGAUCCAGAGAUUUCUCUAGCUGAUUAUUGGAAGUGUCCAGAAUGUAGCGAAAUGAAUCCUCCGCUUCCACGACAUUGCCACAGAUGCUGGGCCCUGCGUGAAGACUGGCUUCCGGAUGAAAAGAGUGAUAAAUCUGUAAAGAGCAAACUGGAAAGUUCCCUCCCCCUGGAGUCUGAAGAAGGUUUUGAUGUUCCUGACUGCAAGAAAGUGAAAAUGAUUGAGGAUAAAGAACCAGCUUUGGAGGAGAAUGAGGAUAAAGCAGCACAAAUUUCUGAGUCCCAGGAAAGUGAAGAUUAUUCUCAGCCGUCAACAUCUAGUAGCAUGUUUUGUAGCAGUCAGGAGGACUAUAAGGAACCUGAGAAAAGAGAAACACAAGACAAAGAGGAAAGCAUAGAAUCCAGUCUGCCUGUUACCAGCAUAGAGCCCUGUGUCAUUUGUCAGAGCAGGCCUAAGAAUGGUUGCAUAGUACAUGGCAAAACAGGACACCUUAUGUCAUGUUUCACGUGUGCAAGGAAACUGAAGAAGAGGAACAAACCCUGUCCGGUGUGCAGACAGCCCAUACAAAUGAUUGUACUAACUUAUUUUAGUUAGGUGAGUGUUGACUGGCAAACAACAAAAGAAACUUCAUAAACUGGUUAAGAGAGUAAGAAACUAUUUUUGUAUGCUUAUUGGAAAAUGGGUAUUUUGAGUCUCUUUGCACUUGGUGUAAAAAGUGAUUGCUGAAAUCAAUGCACUGGAGUUGUUACAGAGUUAGCUUAAUAUUCACAAGUCAACUUGAAGAGUUUAAAUCCCUGUCAAUAGAAAGAACUGAUUCCGGUAAACUACCUGCCUCUCCCAAGUGUUUUAUGUUCCACCCAGGUUAGUGACAUUAUUUUUGCUGGAUUAAAUACAUACAUUAAAACCCAAAAAUCUAUGAUUAUGAGAGGAGAGGCAUAUUGAAGGGCUUGUUAAUGUGAGUUCCUCCUCUUAAGAAGAUAGAAGAUUCUCCAGAUUCCAGUGUUGCCUGGUGAAGACACCAGGCUCCACCAGAGCCCCCAGGCUCCACCAGAGCCCUCUGAAAAAGUCAAUAAAGUAAAUUAAUAGAAUCUUGUCUCCCUUAUUGUCAGAACUUUAAUUCCUCCCAGUAACCAAAUUAUGAGGGAGAGCUUGCCAGGAGGUAGGGAAAGAGCCAAUAGAAAACCAUUUAAGGUUUUGGAAAUAAAGAAGACUGUUGUGUGUCUUGUAUUUGUGUAGUGUGCAUCUCAGGGCUGUGUGUGCCCUGAGAAGUCAUUGAUUCAAGUUCAGUCUUAAAGUUAUCUCUUAAAUGUACUGAGAAACUGGCUUUCAAAAUGCUUUAUAGGUUUGGAGGACUGUACUAUCCCGAUUAUUGUUUUAGCAGAGUGAGAAAAGAUUUGGAACAGGCAAGAUAAAUGAAGGAGAUGCAAUGGAAUAUCCAGUCAGGCAAUACUAGGGGACAAUUGUAUUCUUUUCCUGCACUUGUUUUUAACUUAAGCAGUUUAGGUUGCAGCUUGGUCACUAUGUUUGCUAGAGAAAGUAUAAUUAAGGAAAAAAAAGUCUGCCUUCCUCUGCAGAAACAAAGAAGCUGUGUAGUUCUAGUUCACAGAGACUUUUUUUUAAAUUCAGUAGUCUUUCCAACUUACACUGGUUUUGUCUUUAUUGCAAGAAUUCUGAAAACCUGUUGUUUGGCCAACUCAAAAGUGGUCUCAUUGGACCUGUCCUUCCACUGCUUUUAGCUCUUGUUUCCUUGCUGUACUUUGUCAAAACUCUGUGAAACUUAGGUAAGUUUAUUAAGGAGUUUACUAACGGAUUCAGUUCUGUGUUUAGAGAAAUUAGCAUGAGUAUAUUUUUUCUAAGCUUGGGUAUCUUUAGGCUAUAGUUAGAUUACUUAGAUGAGCUGUUAUUCAGGUGGGCAGUUUCUGUACCAGUGAGUUAUAUUUAAAUAAUCUUUAAAUAUGAUUAUUCUUAACAAAAUCUUAAAAUAAGAUUACAAGAGAUAUUGUAUGUUUUUAGCACCUUUUUGUUGUACAGGUAGUUGCUGAUCAUUUGUCCAAUAGAGAAUGCCAAAGAAGUAGUGAAGGGAUUGAGUGCCACAGUGGAAAUAUAGCCGAAAUACAGGAAUUGUGCUGUUAGGCCGAGGUUAAACAACACCAGUACAAAACUGUUGAUGCCUGUGUGUUAAUGUAAAGACUUCGACUGUUGUAAUUACCUUCAUGUCAGAGCUGAAAUAGUUGCUCUAGUAUAAGCUAUUUGUAAAACAUGGCUGCAAACGCCUGGAAGACGAGGAAGUACCUGGGAGAAGGACACACAGCUGUACAGGAGAGACUCAGUAAACACUGGGUUGUUACUUGCCUGCAAAGAAAUACCUUCAUAGGUAAAGACUGAAUUACCAGGAUUGGUCACGUUGUGUUUGUACAUUUGAGCUGAUUUUUGAAAAAUGCUGCUAAAAAGUACUGGUGUUUCUGAAGUUUUACCAUAAGUCAUCUUAACUGAACCAAAGCAUGAACCCCAGCUGUGUGCAUUUCUUCAGAUUCUUGUUUGCAAAUUUCUUGCCCCUUGCAGUUUGUAAAGUGAGUGCAGGUGGCUGGAAGUCUUCUUGGUCAGCAGAAACCUUUCAUGGGAUUUGAUCAUCCUUCAGCCUGAGACAGAAGCCCUUUAGGCAGCUAUUUACAAGUGGAGAUGCUUCUGACAGGUGACUGCCUGCCUGUAGCUACACUGCUUCCUAUUUAUUAUUAUUAUUUUUUUUUUUUAUUUUAUAAACUUUAAUGCAGUGGAGCUUGCUAAGGCUCUUCCAUUACAUCUGCAGGUCAGAACCAACCAGCAGUCAGAUUGGGUCUGGAAUUGUAGGCAUGUAUUCAGGAGGAGCACUGGUAACAUGGGACUGUACUCUAAAAGAUUUUACCUGUUACACUGUCUGCUUUGCCUUGAUGGCUGUGUAGCCGUGGUUUUGGGGAGCAGCUGUUCCUGCCUAGUUCCUGCUGGGGCACACUGUACCAUCCCACUCUUGGUGUUCUCUUCCUGUCAGUCCCUGUAAGUCAUCUCUUUAUUUGAAAAAAAACCAAAACAAAAACUUCAGGUACAGAGUGACAGUCCUUGCUAGUUAUGAUCACUUAUCUUUGGGAUUUUUCUUUAAAACCAAUUUCAUCUCCCAGCAAUGCUUUCUGUUUUGGCAAAAGAUGAAGUGGGAGCAUACAGCAUAAUGAAUUUUCCCUUUUAUUAUCUAAAACUACUUCCUUGGCACAUUUUCUGUUGUGGAGAAUAGUAAGGGAAUGCUAAGGAAAUCGGUAGUUUUGUUUUCUGCAUCCAUAGCCAAACUACUGUGUCAGAGUGAGUCUUUAUUUUGAAUUAUAUUUCCUGGCUUAAUAUUCUUAACAACUUCUAGUAAAACUUUAAGGUUGGCUUGUUUGCCGUCCCCCUCCCCCAGGCAUACCUGACGAGUAAGGGAGUGAUGUGUAUCCAUGUCUAUUCAGUUCCUAUAGGAGAUGCUGGCACGCCAGUGGGCGCCUGGGCUUGGGGGCCACAUACUUGAUGUUGCAGCCACAGCCUAGGCCAAGAAUUCAGCCUGAACAACUGAAAUCUGAGGGUCCGUCUCCACGCCGUCACCCUGGCAUGUGCUUGGUACCUGUGGGGUGAGUGCUCAUUGGCCUGGGGCUUAUCACCCUGUGCUCUCUGCCCUGUAAAUGCAUUUCUGGCCUCUGGAAGUGGCACAAGAUUUGGCUAAACUUCAGUACAGAAGUUGAUUGAUCUUACUUGGUGAGAUCUUUGAGAACCUUAUUUAAUACUGCACACACUUUAAUCUUUAAUUUAUUGCAGUUUGUAAAUAUUCUGCUUACAGUUAAUGUCUUGAGCUCUAAUUUAUUGACCUAGUGUAUUGGUACGUGUGUAGAUACAGAAAUACGUAUCCCAAGUAAAUAAAAGCCAUGAGACAAAUAUUUAAGAAAUUGUAGCAUUAAAAAAGAGAAGUACUCUUAUUCAGAUUAAGGGGUGCGUAGGAAGAUUCAUGACUUCGUUUUCCUUUUUCCUUCCCUAAAACCAAGUUCUGUGUUGAUCCUGAAUGACAAAUAGAGAGGGAGGCUGGUGCGGUAUCAGCAAGGUGAAUGUGUUUUGAUGGUGUUUGUUUACCUUGGGGAAUGCUUUUGCAUCUCAGAGUAGAGGCAGGAAGCUAACGGACUGCUUCAUUGUGCUGGUAACUUCAGAGGGGAUGGCCUGAAAGAUGGGGUACAGUAGUUAGGGGUGUCAGUGUUAAUUUGCAGUGGGUGGUAAUUGCUUUUGCCUUUGAACACGAGGUCAGGAAAGCUGGAGGGAUGGCCUGGUGCUGAGGGAAUGUGACAGUACCCAGUUUCAAUAGCUGCCUGUUCCUUUGUGCACGUAAGGCAGCUACAUACAAAUGCUACAAGAACUUGCAUUUAUUAUUUCUUAUGAAGUAAAAUAAACCUAUUCUAUUAAAUCUGAUUUUUCUCACUCUGUAGCCAUUUAUUAGUGUUGAAAUUCAACUCUUGACCCAAGGACCAAAGUGAAGCAUUCAAGGCAGAUGGCAAAAUUGCUUUGUUUCAGUGUCUUGACAUCUCUCACAAUGGCCAGAAGUGUUGGAUAUUAAAAUACUUCAGAACCUUUAGUACAGAGUCUUCACUUAAGAUUUGUUGAUUACAAAGUCUGCUGCUCAAAAAAACUUGCACAGCCGAAACAGAUGUAGCUGGAUCGCUGAUUAUAUUGAACAUUACGCUUUCUGUGGAGCAGCACCCCCUGAAUGCUGGUUGUUGGUGUUAUUGCUGGGUGCCCUGGAUGAAAUGGGUGUUGUGUUGUGUUGCUCAGGAGGCUGCGGCUGCCGCUUGGGUGAGCAGGUUGAUUUGGGAAAGGUAAAAGUGCUACAAAGUGUUUAUUGAUUAAAGCCUGAGGUUUAUUCUGACAGCGUGGUACGAUUCAACCACUGAAUUCUGUUUGUUGUGAAUUUGUUUAAAUGCUGCUGUCUCUGAAACAUCUGUGUGGGUAUGAGGCCGUAUGCAAGAAUUCAGGGAGAUUUUUCCCCUUAAAGACGAAUACAAGGGAAAUAAAUCCUCAUCCUUACAGAAAGCAUCAAUAAUUGUUCCAGAAAAUUGUGUCCUUGCAGAAAAGGGAUUAGAAAAUUAUUACAAUUAUAAUAAAACUGAAUCGACGGAAAUGAACACAUGGGAUUCAAAUAGGAGUGAAGACUUCCCUAUCUUAAUCUGAAGUUGCUGUUCUGUUAGGGCGUAGCUUUAGAGGUAGAGCUUUUAAUUUUAAAGCAGUUAAUUUAUUCAGCACGCUGACUUGCCACGUAGAUGGUGGCACAGUGGUUAUCCCAGGAAGAUCUGUCAUUUUGUUGUGCAGCAUUCAGCCUGAAGGGACAUUUGCUCUUGUGGUGCUUUCUUAUGAGAAAGAGCAGGGAAUGUGUGUGCAUGUGUCAGACUCACAGAGAGGCAGCAUCCACAGCUCUUCUGAGCCCUCGACCGUUCACGGCACUGGCAUGUGGAUGCAGGCUCUGAGUGGCUGUAGGGUCACCCGUGUGCUUACAAAGCACGUUAUGUAGGAGGUUUGUACUCUUAAUUCACCUCCUGCGCUUGGUACUUCCAGCUCCCUCUUGUGGGCCAGCGCUUCGCUAGAGCAUGGGCUCUCCCGGCUGGCAGGCAUGGGUCUCUCGCAGAGGGUUUACCUACCCGACCAACUGAACUUUUCCAGUCCGUCCAUAUCUGAGUCGAAGUCUUACCUGGAGUGAGUUGUUGUAAGGUUACACAAGCAACGUAAAGCAAAACGCAACAACCUCUCCACUUAAAAAAGGUAUCUUCUACCAAUGGCUUGCACUUCCUCAGUGUGAAAAGCUGAUUUUUAACUGAAGUGUGCUUGUUUAUUAUUUAUCACAGAUGCACUGAAAGCCUGAAGGGAUGAGUGCCUCUCUGUCGUGUGUGUAUGUUCCAUGUGUAAAAUCUGUCAGUGUUUUCUCCCCCUUCGAGCAGAGGUUGCUUUAACUUGACUGUUUGACUUUCAAAGGACAGUUCUUGGUUUUGAGCUCAAUUAGCAGCCGUCAAUGUGGUGAUCACAUAGUACCUAAGCGACCAAAAUGUUGCCUUACUUUGCUGUCUGACUACAUGUAGCUGGAAUCAUAGAAUUCCCACGUUGGAAAAGACCUUUGAGAUCAUCAAGUCCAAUUGUAAAUGAAUUAAACAGACUGGUUUAUAGGAAAUUUAAAUAACUAUGCAAUUUUGCCAUUGCUCCUACAUGAUCGCACUUUCAAGGACUUGCCAGGCUGUGUCCCUUCUAGUGAGCCCCUGCAUGUACCACCACACUCCGUAACCAUAAAAACACAAAUAUUCACUCUAAUCACACAGAACGUAGAUCCAUUUAUGACACGAUUUUUCACGUGUAUUGUGUUUGUCACUUGGUUUUCAGUUUUUCCUUUUCAGAGGAAACUAAAUAGUGUGUUCCACUUAAAAGCUUUAAAUAAAGAUUUGUUUAUAUA